AUGGGCAAGAAGGGCAAGGGCACGAAGAAGGAGGAAAAGCCCAAGAAGGAACCCCUGUCAUCCAGGGACAGACUCAAGGAAGCACUCGAGGCAACCAACGUGACCACCAGCAGCGCAUCCGCUCCUCGCACAAGCUCCAGCAAGAAGUCUGACCGCAGCAGCAGCGUGGUCACCAAGAUCGGAUGCACGGAGAGUUUCAGAUGGGACAACAGCGAGGAAGCCCCGGUGCUGCCGCCGAUGCCAACGACGGUACACGUAGGAGGCCAAGAGGGACUGAGGAUAUUUGCGCUGUCCCACAUGAUGGUGGAGCGGAGUGUGCCUAUCCUGUACAACAACAUCCUUCGGCACGGGUGGAAUAAAUACUUCUCCUGGAGGUGCGGAACAAAUGCGUUGACGAAGAGCGCCAUGAAGAGCAAGACCCUCAAGGACGGCCUCUCGGCACCGCUGGUGAUCGCGUUCAUGGUUUCGGUCUGGAUCCACGCGGAGGCACAAGCAAAGGGCAGCUCCAGGAUGGACGCUGCGGAAAACGGGAACCCGCUGCACAUCGUGGUCAUUGGCGCGACGGCUGUCAACGAGGAGAAAAUCCUGAGAGAGACCAACUACUGGGACGAGCUGUCCAACUUUUUCAGCGGGCGGGAGUUGCACCUGUACCUGACAGGCCCCGAGAUGAGCGGCAAGGACGGCGUGUUCCACACGAAGCCCGGCCGGGAGGAAGGACAAGCUGACGGCCCGAGGAUGAGGGUGGAGUGCUGGAAGGCUAACGGAGUGGACUUCUUCCUGCAGAAAGGCCGGUUGGCGACGUUUCGGAAGGAGGAUACGGUGGUGGUGGGCCUGAACUGCGGCUUCGGGAUGGCGGGGCACCACGUCAUUAAAAACCAGUCUCCCAAGCAGGCGCUACCGUCAAAUGAAGUCCUGUGGAAAUGGAUCCCCACGCUGUACUUCUUCGCGGCGCUCGACUUACCCCUCAUGAUUACGGCCUCCUCCCUGGCAGAUGCGACCACGGCCAGAUCGAUGUUGCAGUACGUCGUCGGGACAUACGAGCUGGUACGCAUCACCUUAUCACCGGUACCGUUCCAGAGCACAGUCCCGGGGGACCAGGUCGUUCAGGCGAACAGCCACUGUAUCUUGGUCCGAGGACAGCGACCCGGCUUUAAUUUCUCCGUGCAAGUGCUUCCCGAUAUUGACCCGCGCACUGAGAUCCUGAGAAAGGCGUUGACGAACAACGACCCGAAGGACAAUUUCCCUUUGCACGCGUCGGUGCGGAAGGCAGGGUCUCACAAUGACACGAGAGAGCAAGGCUCGGAGUUGGUUCCGCUCAAGAAGUACGGGAACUAUCCGCCAGAGAAGGUCACAAGCAUCGACGACGACGGGGCAACUGACACACAUGUGCCGGCACCAGGGACACGAGCGGGGGAGGGGCCGAUGAAGGUGAACCUCAAGUACAAAUUCUUGAGGAUGUCGGACGGAGCAUCUGACACUCUGGAGAUGACCCUACAGGACGUGUUCAUGACGGAGCCGGCGCAGGCACGCUUGGGCGCGAGGAGACGUAGCGUCGUUCUGUUCUACUACGACUGCCAGAAAUUCUGCGACGUGGUGUUCGAGGCCGCCCUUCCAGACGAAGUGGACCACACCAAGACAAAGAUUGUGUUCCGACGGUCAGAUUGUUCAGCCAAGGUGGUCUUUCGGCUGAAAGAAAGCGACAAGUAGCUGUUGCGAGUGUAGUGCGUUGAGGAUCACAAACUGCUGUGGAGCUUUGCCCUGGGGCUGUGUUGGAGAGAGAGAGGAAUAACCAGCUCGAGAUACGGAGUGAGCAAAUAUGACACCACCUCGGGUCUUACGAAGCAUCAGCCCGCCACUGUCGCGAGUGAACCGAAGGUUUAGGGGUGUGGACGUAUGUGCGGUUCGGAUGUCCUACUGAUGUUUCAGCCGCUCGGGAGUAGAACGGAGAUUGCGAUUUCGGCUUCUGCAUGCAAACGCUUCAGAGCUGAAUGGGGUACUACAGCUUGUAGUGCAUGGGUUUUCCAUUCCGACUGCUAUGCUAUUUCCGUUGAUUGGUCAUGAACGGGAGUUGACGGCUACAGCAUUGGAACGUACAGAGUAGAGGUUGCGAC